UGAGGGCGCCACACCACCAGGACAACCCAUCAAAUGUUUGACGACAAAGAUGAAGAAUCAUACAUACAAUUCCAUUUGCUGUUCGGAACAUAUGUGCAAUGAUAUUCUUGUCCCGUUGGAAACUAGAUCAGAAGAUACUGCCGCUUCGAGAGCUGCAGAGCCGGACAAUUUAUGGUACACUGCCCGUCUUACAUUGUCAAUUGCCGGCCCUGUUAUAUUGAGCUGUUUGAUAUUCGGAGCUGCUUAUUUCGUUUGCAGGGCACGUGGGAGGUCGGCUGGAAGUGGAUCUGGAAUCCGUCUGUUUCCAGGUGAAGAAACAGAGCCCUUGAAAAAUAGUGGUGGAGUUAUGAUGGGAGGUAACGGAUUCAUCCACCCAAGUAACAGCAUGGUACAGGGAAGUUCCUUGAAGGACAUGAUCGAUUUCACCACUUCUGGAUCUGGAUCCGCUGGUCUUCCUCUACUGGUCCAACGUUCAAUAGCCCGGCAAAUUCAAUUACAAGAUGUAAUUGGCCAGGGUCGGUUCGGAGAAGUUUUCAGGGGGGCCUGGCGUGGCGAAAAAGUUGCUGUGAAAAUAUUCUCCUCUCGUGAAGAAAGCUCCUGGUUUCGGGAGGCCGAAAUCUACCAAACUGUUAUGCUCCGGCAUGAGAACAUCCUGGGAUUCAUUGCUGCUGAUAAUAAAGAUAAUGGUACGUGGACUCAGUUAUGGCUUAUAACAGAUUACCAUGAAAAUGGUUCUCUUUUUGAUUAUCUAACAGCACAUACUAUAGAUGUGCCAACUAUGAUCAAAAUGGCAGUAUCUAUUGCUACAGGACUGGCUCAUUUGCACAUGGAUAUCAUUGGAACAAAAGGUAAACCUGCAAUUGCUCAUCGCGAUUUGAAGUCUAAAAAUAUUUUGGUAAAAUCCAAUUUAAGUUGUGCAAUUGGUGACUUGGGAUUAGCAGUCAGACACGAUGUUAAUUUGGAUACUGUGGAUAUACCUUUUACACACAGGGUUGGCACUAAGAGAUAUAUGGCGCCAGAAGUGUUGGAUGAGUCAAUAAACUGUUCGAAUUUCGAAUCAUUCAAAAGAGUAGACGUUUACUCUUUUGGUUUGGUUCUUUGGGAAAUUGCGAGGAGGUGCGAUAUUGGAGGAGUUUACGAACAGUAUCAGUUACCAUUCUAUGACGUUGUGGAACCAGAUCCAAGUGUGGAAGAAAUGAGAAAGGUUGUAUGUUACGAAAUGCAAAGGCCAGCGAUUCCCAAUCGGUGGCUCCAGUCUCCAGUUCUAAUCGAGAUGGCCAACGUCAUGAAAGAAUGUUGGUACGUGACACCAGCUGCCAGAUUGACAGCCUUAAGGAUCAAAAAGACCUUGUCAACGAUCAACAUCACCAAAGACCAACCUUUCACCAUGAGUGUUUAAAGGCAGACGAUCGAAAGACGAAAGACGUUUUUUUAUGGACGAUUUUUAAACAGGUCGGUGUGUAUUGAUAGUGUUUUAUCCCAGUUAAUAGUUAUAGUACAA